ACUUCAAGAACAUAUAUAGAAAUUACUGGGUUUAAACCCAUUGUCCAUCUCCCCUAAUCCUCAUUUAGCAUUACAAAAACAACCUUAAUCUUUAACCGUUGACUUCUUUUAUUGGCCUAUUUCAAGAUUUUGUGUGAGUGGUGGUGGCAAUGGCUGGUGGGGGUGAUGGUACAUCAAGACAGCUUGAUCAGACACCUACUUGGGCUGUUGCUGGUGUUUGUGCAGUUAUUAUUCUCAUUUCUAUUGCUUUGGAGAAGAUUAUCCAUAAACUUGGCACAUGGCUCACAGAGAGGCAUAAGAAAGCUCUAUUUGAGGCUUUGGAAAAGAUUAAGGCUGAGUUGAUGGUUCUUGGUUUUAUCUCAUUAACCCUUGUGUUCAGCCAGUAUUAUAUUGCUGGAAUCUGUAUCCCCACGGAUGUGGCUAACACUCUGCUCCCUUGCCCUGCUGUUCACAAAGAGGAUAAAACGGAGGAACAUCGCAGGAGGCUUUUAUGGCAUGAGCGCAGGAUUUUGGCUGGUGCAGAGCCUAAAUGUGAUGAUGGACGAGUCUCUCUCAUUUCUAUCGACGCACUGCAUCAGAUACACAUCCUUAUCUUCUUUUUGGCGGUCCUUCAUGUGAUAUACAGUGCUAUCACUAUGUGGCUGGGAAAACUUAAGAUUCGUGGCUGGAAAUGCUGGGAACAAGAGACCGCAACCCAUGACUAUGAGUUUUCAAAUGAUCCUUCAAGAUUUAGGCUUACUCAUGAGACAUCAUUUGUCAGAGCACAUACUAGUUUCUGGACCAAUAUUCCAAUCUUCUUUUACAUUGGAUGUUUCUUCAGACAAUUUUUCAGGUCCGUGAAUAAGUCAGAUUACUUGACCCUCCGCAAUGGCUUUAUCAGUGUUCAUUUAGCUCCUGGAAGUAAAUUUAACUUCCAAAAGUAUAUCAAAAGGUCAUUAGAGGAUGACUUCAAGGUAGUUGUUGGUGUCAGUCCAGUUUUGUGGGGAUCAUUUGUUGUUUUCUUGCUCCUAAAUGUUAGUGGGUGGCAUGCAUUGUUUUGGGCUUCCUUAAUUCCUUUGAUUAUCAUAUUAGCUGUUGGAACACAGCUUCAGGCGGUGUUGACAAGAAUGGCUCUUGACAUCUCGGAGAGACAUGCAGUAGUCCAGGGAAUCCCUCUUGUUCAAGGCUCAGACAACUAUUUUUGGUUUGGACGACCUCAGUUGGUUCUUCACCUCAUCCAUUUUGCCUUAUUUCAGAAUGCGUUCCAAAUAACAUAUUUCUUAUGGAUAUGGUAUGAGUAUGGGCUAAAAUCUUGCUUCCAUGACAAGUUUGGUUUUGUCAUUGCGAAAAUUGCUUUGGGGGUGGGAGUUUUAUUCUUAUGCAGCUAUAUCACUCUUCCGCUCUAUGCCCUUAUUACUCAGAUGGGCUCCAACAUGAAGAAAUCCAUUUUUGAUGAACAAACCUCAAAGGCAUUAAAGAAGUGGCAUAUGGCAGUGAAGAAGAAACAGGUAGCUAAGGGAGACAAAUCCAUACGGACACUAGGCAAUGCAAGUCCAAGGUCCUCUGUGGGUUCACCUCUACACCCAUCAAUUGGUCCUACACUUCAUCGGUUUAAAACAACCGGUCACUCGACACGUUUCAAUGGCUACGAUGAUCUAGAAGCAUCUGACCUCGAGAAUGAUCCAACUACACCGAUAAUCCGUGCAGAGGAACACUCAACUGCACAUGUUACUGAUCAUGAUGAUACUGAACUUCAAGUGCAUGUUCCUCAAAAUGAAGAAUCCUCCGGGAAUGAAGACGACUUUUCGUUUGCGAAACCUGCUCCUAAAAGGUGAAAAAGAAGCAGGUAAACACAUACAUAUGGUAUCUGAAUAGUGGCUUGCUUCUUCUCUUUAUCUUGUGUUUAUAGAGGAAUGUGGUACAAAGUAUAGUUAGCAAUUUCAUAGAGAAACAUUGAACAUAUACAUGAUUAAUUGUAUCCACUACUAUUGUUUGCCUUAUAAUACCACCUACAGUUUUGUUCCAUAAAUCUAGAUUUAGCCAUGAAGUUGUUGAUCACACAUGAUCUCUUCGUAUGUACGAUUACAAUUUGAAUAGAAGAAAAUGAACUUUCGUUUUUA